AUCAUCCCCCCACCCCACCCCCAUUCAAAAGCUGGACAAUGGUAUCGCCCCAGCUCCAUCAGAGGGGAGAUACGCUCUAGAUGUUGCUGGAACGUAGGAGCAUCCUCGCAGGCUGCGGCAGAGGCAGAAGCAGCGCCUGCCCAAGAGAGCAAAUCCUACUCCAGCUGGCCACUAAAAGAGGAGACUGAAUUGGAUCGCCUCCAUUCCUCCCCUCUCUAAAGGAGCAUUAUCCUGAGCCGAGCGAGGAGCGUCGCUUAAGGGGAAAAGAUGACACAGGGGAAGCUCUCUGUGAAUAACAAGCCUGCAAAUUCUGAAGGGCAGCAGGGAGAUGCCGAACGAAAGCAGCCCAGUGCCCCAGCCGUACCCCCAAGCUAUGAAGAGGCAACCUCAGCAGAAGGGAUGAAAGCAGGGGCCUUUUCUCCCCCUCUGAAUGUCCCCCUCCAUCCCACUUGGGCAUACGUGGAUCCCAAUUCCAGUCCUAACUAUGGAAGUGGAUAUUCAGGGGAAACUGAGACCCUCACAACUUUCAGCUGGGAUGACCAGAAUGUGCGCAGGGUAUUCAUCAGGAAGGUUUAUAGCAUCCUUCUACUUCAGCUCCUUGUUACAGUCAGCAUUGUGGCUAUCUUCACUUUCUGUAAACCAGUUCAAGGAUAUAUCCAAGCAAAUCCAGCCUGGUACUGGGCUUCCUAUGCUGUAUUCUUUAUCACCUAUUUGAUCCUUGCCUGCUGCUCUGGACCAAGGAGGUAUUUCCCAUGGAACCUGAUCCUCCUCAGCAUCUUUACUCUGUCCAUGGCUUACCUGACAGGAAUGAUCUCCAGCUACUACAACACCACCUCUGUCCUUCUCUGCCUGGGGAUUACAGCUUUGGUUUGCCUUUCCGUCACCAUAUUUAGCUUCCAGACCAAGUAUGACUUUACGUCUUGCCAGGGGGUGCUUUUUGUGAUGCUGAUGGUGCUGCUGUUCAGUGGGAUCAUACUGGCUAUUAUGCUUCCUUUCCAUUAUGUACCAUGGCUCCAGGCCAUUUAUGCUGUACUGGGUGCAGUUGUAUUUACAAUGUUCCUGGCUUUUGAUACCCAGCUCCUGAUGGGCAACCGUCGCUAUGCCAUGAGUCCAGAGGAGUAUAUCUUUGGAGCCCUCAACAUAUACCUGGACAUCAUCUACAUAUUUUCUUUUCUCCUGCAGAUCUUUGGAAGCAGUCGAGACUGAGCAGUUGAGGCUGAGCCUCUGGGUCUUGUGUCUGAUAAAACAGAAAUAUAUUGAGAGAGAGAGAGAUUGAUAAUAAUACAACGAGCAAGAAAGGAGAGAGGAAAGAGCUGUAACCUCUCUUGUCCUUUAGCGAGCUUCAUUGCAUCAAGUGAGCCUUUGCUCGCCCACUGGUCUACUUGAGCUCCCUCUGCAGCCUGUGCGUGCGUGUGUGUGUGUGUGUGUGUGUGUGUGUGUGUGUGUGUGUUUAUAUACACAUGCUCUUAGGGUAAACUGGUAUAUUCAGUAUGCUAGGCUUCCCCUUGCUUUCAUAACUGCUUUCAACGUAUAUAUUGAGAUUAGUGUAGCAAUAGAGGAAAGAGCACCAGGGAUGGGGACGGGGUGGGGGUGGAAGAGAGAGAGAAAUACUAUUGAUUUUAACUUAAAACUGAACAAAUGAAGGAAUGAAAUAGUCAGAAACUUAAGUUUGCUAUAUCCAAAGUGAGCAGGUUGUAAAAACACCCGAAAAUGUAUGUGAAGUUCAUUUUGUAUGAUGUGAAUUGUUCCAAAUUUCAGAGUUCUGGCACAAUCCUAGUCUGUAUAUUGUUGUUUCUACUUAUAUCUAUCCCCACCAAGAGUUUAGUAGAUUAUAUAUAUAUCGUUCUCGGAUGUUUUUUUUCCAUCCAACCGAAUAACAAGAUUUUAUCUGCUGAAAUUUCUUGGCACUUUUUGAGAGGACUUCAUUUUGGCUAGAUAGUUGAGGCACACCCGCUGAAAUCAUUUUAUCUGGCCUCCU